AUGACUCUACGCCCAGUGCCUGAACAGCUGCGAUCGAGGGCACAAUCAGCCAAGACCUCGCUCGGAGCCAAGCGCCAUACAGAUGGAUGGGUGCUGCCCGAACAAUCUACGUCUUUUGCUUUAGAGGGUACCUGGACAAAUGUCGACCUUGAUGUAACGCCUUUAAUCAGUGAUAUUGUGAGCUCCUCAUGCUUUAUGAUAGCAUUGCCCGGCGUCAUUAGUGCUUCUGCAUGGAAACCACUGUAUGUGGACUUCUCCAGCUGGCAGACUCGGCGCGUUUCAUUGCACAUCGAUGUCGCGGCAUUGUACCGGCCCGAAGGAAGCAUUGGGCCAGCUAUGCCAGGCCUCGCCCACAAGAUUGCACCAUCGCUGGACAUUGGCGGUGCUCAGUACGUCUCCGACUUGUCGCUUCCGCAGUCUACAUUGCAGUCUCUUAAUCAUGGCCGGCCACCGAAAGUCUUGUGGACAAGUAUCUAUUGUCAGAGGAUCCGGACCUGCAUGCGCAGGUGGUCAUCAAGAUCGUCUCUUCGGAAGCAUGAGGUGAAAGAGACGGAAUUUGAACAAGGGCCAUCCAUGGAGGUCCGGAUCCUCGCUGUUCAAAGAGUUCCGACUGUCCACAAGUUGCUGUAUGCAGACUCCAUGUACGUCUGUGCACCACGACCGAGGUUACAACGUCUCCGUGUCGCACAAACUCUAAAUUUGGUCGGUCCAGUAGAGCACAAAGUUUCUCGGUCCAACACAUGCGCUCAGCGCCACUAA